CCUACAGUGUCCCUAAAGUUGAAAAAAUUAGGAAAACUUGGGUGCAAGACUCCACCCCGUUUUCCAACGAAACGUUUUUUUUUCCCAGAGAAAGUUCUGAUUGUAUUUAUGAAAGCUUCUGUGCACCGACGUUUUGAUCAGAUUCUGAUAUUUUUCCUUUAGAUCGCGAUGAACUAAGACAACGAGGUUAAAUGCAUCAUCCAGAUAUACCGAGAAUGGAGCAACCUGGAGAGUGAAGUAAAACGCUGUAGGAUAACGCUGUGGUUGUGUAGAAAUGUAUAUGGCAAGUGUAAAAGUUAACAGAAAUGAGGUUCUGCCUCUACCGGCCUUCCACGGUUUCUCCAAAACGUCUGAGAAUGACAUAAGUUUAUUUGAACCUGUAGUGGCAAACUUCACUCUGAGACUGAACACUACUGAAAAGGUUUAUGCACACCAUGUGGUACACUUUGCUGGGUUCUUUGGAGGGUUUCUGGCUUCCACCUUGCUGCUCUCCCUCAUGCUGUUUACCGCUAGCUACCUCUACAACAAAUGGCACAAACACUCCUCUCAUCACAGGAGGAGGAGGGGCCUUGGUAAAGGGAUGGAGCUAGAGGAGGGUGAUUCCAACAUCAUUGUGUCAGCAAAUGAAGACGCUGCAUUUGAAGAUAAAAUCAUUGACAUCAUGGCAUUGGACGACCCACAGAAUGUGUUUCAAGCACUGGACAAUUUGGAAAUGACCACACUGUUGCGAGAGGCUUUAGCAGUUGAAGGCAUUAGGGUGCAGAUAGUGAAGGGUGUGUUUGGGGUGUUGCUGGGUGGAGUGAAUGUGGCGGGGCGGCGUGUGGUUACAGUGCUCCUCGGGCAGGUGGUUGGCAUGGAGGGCAAACUACAGGAGGAGCAAGUGACUCAAAUGGCUAUACUUGCUGCUCAGUGCACCAUGGAAACGCAACAGGAGAUGGAGACCCUGCGUCUCACACACACCGCAGAAAAAGCACAUGCAGUGAGAUUACAGCAUGCAGAGCAACAGGUGCCGGAGUGCACAGUGCUGUUAGAGAGGCUACAGAAGAUGGAACAGCAGAGACUCCAGCAAGGGCUGCUGACGAGGCAUGAGCAUGCAUGUGCACAGGCUCAGAGACACACAGCCCUCCGUAGGAGAGUUGAGCUGCAUGCCAUUUUCAGUGAGGAGCUCCAGGAAGCUGCCAGUGCUGGUGAGCUGGAAGAGGACACAGCCAACCAGCUGCUGCACUGCUACUACACCUGCCAGGACCAGCUAGAGGAAGUACUUGAUUUGUUUGUGGCCAAUCAGAGGGCGGUGUUGAGGGAACGUCAUGCGCUUCGGAAGUUCCUGUUGCAGGGUUUGCAUGGCCUGCAAGCACUGUUGUGGGACUUGUUUAGGACUUCCUCCCAGCACAUUGACAGCUGGUUCACUGAGAUCUGCAGGGAGGGUGGUCUUUCUGAUGAACAGUGUUCAGAGCAGUUGGAGCCUGCUCAUCUGGAGCUGCUUCAGGUGAAACAAUCUUUAGAAGACACAUUAAACAGGGAACGCAGUGCCAUGCACUGUGAAAUCAUCAAAAAGAGACGGGCAUCCAUAUUAGAGAUGCUGUCUGAGCAGAAGCGUGAACAGCAGGAGCUGGUGUGUGUUGGAGGGGGGCAGGUGGACCAGUAUCUUCUGCGGUGGCAGAUACUCCUCUCUGCCCACAGCACACAGCUCUCAGAACUCAUCACACACCUGGACCAAGAGGCGGCAACAGAUAUUCGCAAGUUGCUGCUGCGUGUCCUGCAGGGGGCAGAAGCAGAGCUGAAGACAGUGGCACAUGCUGUGGUGCAGGCCCUGCAUGCAUUGGGUGUGCCGCACUGGCUCCUCCACAGGGAGCUGGGAGCUGAAGUUCUGGCAGAAGCCCAGGAGUGGCUGGGUGUGCAGGAGAAGGCCUCAGCGGAAUCACUGCGAGCCUCUCGGAGCGCCAUCCAGCAGCACAGGAAGCAGGAACUGCAGCAGCAGAGAGUGCUAAGGGAGAGACUAAGGCACUUCUACAGAAGUGUGUGUGCAUUUCAGCCUGCAAUGUCGGAAAGAGACCUCCUGCGUGUGAGGCUUCAGUUUGUGAAACAUGUGUGUCGUCUGGAUCGUUGUCUGGUUCUGCCACAUGCUCUUUCACGGGCCAGACUAUACACCUCACUUACCAGUCCCAUCACUCAGCACAGUCAGCGUUGCUCUGACCCUAAAACCAAAAGCAGUCCUGACGCAGACCCUGGAAACACCUCUGUGACCCUUAAAGAGACAAAGAAUGAGCUGAACUCUGGAGAGUGCAUCAUGGAUGCCAGUAUGGGUGCCAGAGUAGCAGAACUGCAGAGCUUCAUCAGAAGUGUGGAGGAGAGGAUAUACUUACAUCAGCAGGAGAGAGGGAGGAACACAUCUGUGGAGGAGGUGUAUGACUGUGAGGCUCAGGAGCAGAAGGUGUAUGAGUGUGAGCAGGGUGUGGCAGAGGCUGUGGUUGCUCUGCAGUGGGAGAGAGGAGAGAGGAGAAGCAGAGUUCUCGAAACACACUCAGCCCUGUUGGAGCUCCAGUCCCUGCUGCUACAGCACCUCCGACACACACCUGCAGAACAGGAGCUCACAAACACCAUACACGCACAGAGCCUGGCUUUGGAGGAGGCAGAGCUUCAUCUACAGAAGGAGGAAGCUGAAUGGAAGGAGUUAGCAUAUGAGUGUAGUUCUGAUAAAAUCUUGGCUGCUGCUGAUGGGAUUGAUAUAGAGUUGUUUAGGGUGAAUAAAGAAGGCAAGAUGGCUACGAGUCUGCAGGAGGCUCUGUGCAAGAGGCAACAGCUCACACGCACGCUAACUGAAAGGCUGAUGGAGGAGAUCAGGAGGCAGCAAGUGAUGGAGGACCUAAGAGAUCAGCUGGAGCUGAAGCCACUUUAUACACACUGUGACCAGGAUCUGGCUCUGGCUGCAGUGUUGGUGAAGCUCAGUGGGGUGUCAGUUAUGGCUCUCCAGGAGCUGCUGCGCCUCCUGCUACCUACACUACCGGAAGGAGACCUUCAGUCACUCAUAGAUGCACUCAAUCCUACAGCAGGGCAAACAGUGGAACCCUGCAGAGAGCUGGUGGACAGACUGCGGAAAGACAUCAUGAGGAGACACUUGUCAUCCUGGACUCAGCACACAGAUAGACAGAUAGGCCGAAUCCUGAAGAAGAAACAGACCCUUCUGUUCUCCAGUUCUGCUGAAGGUUCUAAAGGCAGUCAGAAGGUUCUAGAUUCUACAAACAAACAAAAGCCUGUCCCUAUCUGUGAUGCAGCAAGGGAGGAAGUUACCUCUGAUCCCCUCUGUGUGACGGGAGAGGCUAGAGCAGAGAUAUAUAAAGAGUCUGCACCAGCUGAAGACAUGGGUGUUGCCAUUGAAAGUCCAGUGUCUGGAGAGAGACUGUUUAUUUUUCGCUACAAUCCACCAGGAAACCAGGAACAUACACACUCUUUACCCCCUUUCCUGACCUCAGACUACAGUAACAAGAAAAAAAGAAGCUUCCUCAAGUUUAAAAAGGGGACUGUGGUUCCACAGGAGCAGACACAAGAGAAGGAGGAGGAGAAGGAAGAGAGGCAUUGAGAGAGUGUGAGAGAGACAAAUAGAUGGAGGGCGUUUUGUUUUGUUUUUUUGUAAACACUGAAAUCGUAUGUGUUGCUUGUACUCAUUGCACUUGGUAUAAAUUACUUUCUAUAGUAUAGAGGUAUUAACAGCUUCCAAGAGGAGGGAAAAUAAAUAUUUGAGUUGAUAAAAAUAGAGAGACUGGUGAUGUAUAAAUUAAUUUGGUGAAGAUCCCAUUGUAGUUGUUUUUGGCAGAGACCUUAAAUGCUUCUGUAGAUUCUAUAAGACCUAAUUCACCUCUGAGGUUUUAAUUAGUAAUCCUGGAAUAUAAAGCUAAGACAAUAUAACAAUGAAUCAGCCAUCAUUUCAAAGACAUGACAAAUUAUUUUCUUGCCAGAAGCAAGAAAAUAAUUUUAAAAACAGGUGCCUCUGAAUUUGGAUCUUUAUAACCCUUCAGAGUAAUGUUUAUAUGGUGUAUUAGAGUGUGGUUAGUUAGAGAUAACUCCAUUAUCCUUUCGCUUAUCCGUUCUAAUGACGUUGAACACCCAGUUAAAAUGGAUUCACUCAACAAAGGGACUAACAGAAGACGCUUUUG